GCGCGCGUUUCGGCGGGUUCCGUUAAAAUGGCGCCCUUCUUGCCGGCGCUGCCCGCGGGGCCUUAGCCGGUGGGGGAGCCGGGAGCCCGCGGGGCCGGCGCGGGCAGCCCCAGGCGAGUAUGGCGACCCCGGACCAGAAGUCGCCCAACGUCCUGCUGCAGAGCUUGUGCUGCCGGAUCUUGGGCAGGAGCGAAGCCGAUGUGGCCCAGCAGUUCCAGUAUGCCGUGCGCGUCAUUGGCAGCAACUUUGCCCCAACUGUCGAAAGAGAUGAAUUUCUAGUAGCUGAAAAAAUCAAGAAAGAACUGACGCGGCAGAGACGAGAGGCGGACGCGGCGCUGUUCUCAGAACUCCACAGGAAGCUGCACUCCCAGGGAGUUUUGAAAAACAAAUGGUCAAUUCUCUACCUCCUGCUAAGCCUCAGUGAAGACCCACGCAGGCAGCCGAGCAAGGUCUCCAGCUAUGCCACGCUAUUCGCUCAGGCGUUACCACGCGAUGCCCACUCCACGCCCUACUACUACGCCCGGCCUCAGACCCUGCCCCUGAACUACCAGGAGCGCAGCGCCCCGUCGGCCCAGAGCUCGGGCAGCCUGGGCAGCAGUGGCAUCAGCAGCAUCGGCGUGCACACCCUCAACGGCCCGACCCCGCCGCCCCCGUCCCUGCUCCCGGGACAGUCUCACCCGGGCCCGGGGACGGGCGACUGUCUCCGGCAGCAGCUGGGCGCCCGUCUGGCAUGGACGUUGACUGCAAGCCAGCCUUCCUUACAAACCACUACCUCCAAAGGCGUCCCCAGCGCGGCUUCCCGCAACGUGACGCGGCCGCGGAGAGACGGGGAUACGGGUGGUGCUGUGGAGGUCACUGAGGCAGCCCUUGUCAGAGACAUCCUGUACGUCUUCCAGGGCAUAGAUGGCAGGAACGUCAAGAUGAGCGCUGCUGACAACUGUUACAAAGUGGAGGGAAAGGCAAAUCUGAACAAAUCCUUGAGGGAUACGGCUAUGAGGCUGGCUGAGUUGGGGUGGCUGCACAAUAAAAUCAGAAAGUACACUGACCAGAGAAGUCUGGACCGUUCAUUUGGACUUGUUGGCCAGAGCUUCUGUGCGGCCUUGCACCAGGAACUCAAGGAGUACUACCGGUUACUCUCCGUUCUGCACUCCCAACUGCAGUUGGAGGAUGAUCAGGGUGUGAAUUUGGGCCUCGAGAGCAGCUUGACGCUCCGGCGCCUCCUGGUGUGGACCUACGACCCCAAGAUAAGACUGAAGACCCUGGCGGCCCUGGUGGACCACUGCCAAGGAAGGAAGGGAGGCGAGCUGGCCUCAGCCGUCCACGCCUACACCAAGACGGGGGACCCGUCCAUGCGGUCGCUGGUGCAGCACAUCCUCAGCCUGGUGUCACAUCCUGUCCUGAGCUUCCUGUACCGCUGGAUCUACGACGGCGAGCUGGAGGACACGCACCACGAGUUCUUCGUGGCGUCGGAUCCGACUGUGAAGACGGACCGGCUGUGGCAUGACAAAUACACGCUGCGCACGUCCAUGAUCCCAUCCUUCAUGACGAUGGACCAGUCCCGGAAGGUCCUUCUGAUAGGAAAGUCGAUAAAUUUCCUGCACCAGGUGUGUCACGACCAGACCCCCCCCACGAAGAUGAUCGCCGUGACCAGGUCUGCGGAGUCCCUGCAGGACGCUGCAGACUUAUUCACAGAUUUGGAAAAUGCGUUUCAGGGGAAAAUUGACGCAGCUUAUUUUGAGACCAGCAAGUAUCUCCUGGACGUCCUGAACAGGAAGUACAGCCUGCUGGACCACAUGCAGGCCGUGCGUCGGUACCUGCUGCUCGGCCAGGGGGACUUCAUCCGGCACCUGAUGGAUUUGCUCAAGCCAGAGCUUGCCCGUCCGGCUACGACUCUGUACCAGCACAACUUGACUGGAAUUCUGGAGACCGCCGUCAGAGCCACCAACGCCCAGUUUGACAGCCCAGAGAUCCUCAAGCGACUGGACGUGAGGCUGCUGGAGGUCUCUCCGGGGGACACUGGCUGGGACGUGUUCAGCCUGGACUACCAUGUGGACGGCCCCAUCGCCACUGUGUUCACUCGAGAGUGCAUGAGCCACUACCUGCGGGUGUUCAACUUCCUGUGGAGGGCCAAGCGGAUGGAGUACAUCCUCACGGACAUCCGGAAGGGGCACAUGUGCAACGCCAAGCUCCUGAGAAACUUGCCAGAGUUCUCCGGGGUGCUGCACCACUGCCACAUCCUGGCGUCCGAGAUGGUCCACUUCAUCCACCAGAUGCAGUAUUACAUCACUUUUGAGGUGCUUGAGUGCUCCUGGGACGAGCUGUGGAACCAGGUGCGGCAGGCGCAGGACUUGGACCACAUCAUCGCCGCGCACGAGGCCUUCCUGGGCACCGUCAUCUCCCGCUGCCUGCUGGACGCCGACUCCAGGGCUCUUCUCAACCAGCUGAGAGCCGUGUUCGACCAGAUCAUUGAGCUUCAGAGCACGCAGGAUGCCAUCUGCAGGGCCGCUCUGGAGGAGUUGCAGAGACGCCUGCAGUUUGAGGACAAGAAGAAGCAGCGGGAAGCUGAGGGCCAGUGGGGCGUGACAGCAGCAGAGGAGGAGCAAGAGAACCAGAGGGUCCAGGAGUUCCGGGAGUCCAUCCCGAAGAUGUGCUCCCAGCUGCGAAUUCUGACCCAUUUCUACCAGGGCGUGGUGCAGCAGUUCCUGGUGCUGCUGACGACCAGCCCCGAUGAGAGCCUGCGCUUCCUGAGCUUCAGGCUGGACUUCAACGAGCAUUACCGUGCACGGGAGCCACGGCUGCGUGUCUCCCUGGGCGCCCGAGGCCGGCGCAGCUCCCACACCUGAGGCCCAGCCGCGGGGUGGCCGCUGGGGCGUCAUCACGGGAACGUCACAUGGCCUCCGGGAUGGCCUGCUGCCCUCAGCCCCGCCGGCCGGCUCGGCCAGAGGAAGGGCGUGCUUCUAGAUGGCGAAGCUGACCGUGUUUGUGACGUCACUAAGUUAAACAGGCUGGCUUGCACUAUCCGAAUUUAUUUUUUAAAGUCUUCAUAUGUAAAAGAUACCAUACUUUGAGGCCUCUUAAGCCCUCCACAGUAUGAUUUAUAUUUGUCACUUUUUAAAAGAUCACACUUUCUUUUAGAGAAAAUUAAGGCGAUGGAUAUUUAUCAGUUGAGAUGGUAAUGUCAUUGCUAUUUUUUUAACAUCCUCUUUAGAGGCAGUUUUUGUUAAUAUAACCAAAUUAAAUUGAAAUCUAACGUCCCUACUAAGGAAAUAUAGAGAGCAUUUUAUUUUGGUUUUUAGUGUUGUAAAAUAUUAACCUAAGGACCUUUCUAUCAGUGCGUUUACACGUUAUUGUUUUUUUCUCUUCCUUCAAAGUUUACAUUUUUGUAUCAUUUACUCUCAGAUAACUUGGGAAAUAGUGUAGAAAAGGGCAGAGUCCUGACGCCUCAGUUCCUUGUACCAUCAGCUGAAGCAUGAUGUAAAUAUGGAUGCUUGGAAAGUUAAUGAAGUACUUUAUUUUCAGGAUUCUGAUAAGCAUUGGAAAGAAAUUGUCUUGAAUAAUGAAGAUUUCCUUUUUCCUUGCCUAUUUUUUCAUUGUAAAUAUUUAUAUACUGCUGCCCAGAUGUUGGGGGGACAUUUUUUGUAAAAAUGUCAUAUCAAGUCACAUAAAUCUGCCUUUAUUAUGUUGCGUAAGUAGACAAUUAAAAGCAAUUAUCUUUCA